CACAAACUAUUUACUGACGAUUAAUUGAUUCAGUGCAUGAUCAGCUGAUUCGUCAAUGAUGGAAGCCGCUGCUAAUUGAAAAGAUUAAGUUUGUUCUUUGAUAUCGUCCUGGAGGAGGCUGCGGUGAGACAACCUGCCAAUCAAACCACUUUUUUCUGGACUUUUAAUCUGAAAAUCUGCGUUCAGACUGAGAUGAGGAUGAAGUCAAUGUGCUGAGAGCAGAACUCCGAGACUUUGAUCAGAGCAGCAUCUCCCCCAGGUUCCUGCAGGUCCUCAUGUAAAAGCGUCCAUCUGAGGAUGGCGGACGCUCUGAGGACGCUGUACGGCAGUCUGAUGGUUCUGUUGGGCGUGGCCUCUGUCUGUGGGAACCUCCUCCUCUUGCUGGUGCUCCUCCUCAACAAGGAGCUCCGUACCGACACGCUUGGCCUCACCUUGAGCUUCGGCAUCAGCGACUUGGCACUCGGACUCUCCACCAUUCCCUUUGGGGCCUAUAACAGCCUGGUCCAGCCCUCCUGCUGCCCCAGUGAGGGCGCCCUCUGUCAGGGCAGCGGCUUCAUCUUCGUCCUCCUGCAGACCUCCUCCAUCCACUCGCUAACCUGGGCCACUGUCGACAAGUUCACCGAGAUCUGCUUCGCCCUCAGCUACCGCACCAUCUGGACAGCCAGGCGGAGCAGGGUGGUGCUGGUCUUGAUCUGGUUGUUCUGCCUGGUGAACGCGGCCCUGCCACUGCUGGGCUUCGGCAGCUACAUUUACAGCGAGUCGCGGUUCCUCUGCUGCCCGAGCUUCACCCCUGAAAACAAGUGCUUUGUGGUGCUGUGGAUGUUGGUGGGCAUCGUGGUGCCAAUCCUCACCAUGUGCUCUCUGUAUGGGUACAUCGUGUACGUGGCUAGGAAACAGGCCAGGAGGGGAACGUUCAUGUGCAACGACCUCCACUGCUACUACGUCCCUGCCAACAAUUACCUGAGAAGCUCCAUCGUGAUGGUCACAACCUCAGUGUGUUUGCUGGUGUGCUGGCUGCCCUUCAUCUCAGUGUGUCUGUACGAGACAUUCAGUGGUCGGCAGAGUUCAGCUGUGACCUCUGCCCUCUCUGCGUGGCUGGUCCUGACCAGCGCCGCCCUCAACCCCUGGAUCACCUGUAUGACACAGAUGUAAGUAAGAUUCUGCAAAGGCAAAGCUGAUCGUGAAUGUCCGACUGUAUGAUGGACUGAGCUGUGAAACGGCCGUAACACACAUGAAUGACUGACAUGCGUUCAUGUGUCUCCAGUAGGUACAGGGCAGCGGUGCGUCGGAGCGUCGGCAGGUUUAUUCAGAUGUGUCUAUGUCCUGGGACGCCUCUGGUGUCCCGCCCCCAGAGCUCCACCCUCCACCUGGACACAACCAAUCGCAUCAGCACGACCACGACGACUACGGCAGCAACACGCCCACCGUCAUCACCGAAAACACCAACACCACCAUGAUGACCACACAUACACACCAGCUGUACCUGCAGAGACAAACUGUCACACUGCACCGUGGGAAAUGGAGAUCAGCCCUCCUCCUCCUUCUUCCUCCAUCACAUACAGAGUCCUCAAAUUCAGAGAGACUUCAGACAAACGCUUCAUCUGAAGCAGACUGAGGCCUGAGGUUUGAUAUUUGUGGUUGUGUGAACGUUGAUGUCAGUAAA